AUGGGCACAUCAGAAAAGCUCUUGAAAGAUACAGAAAAUACCUCUGCUCUGGACCUGGUGAAAAAUGAAGAUCAAGUUCAGUUGCAAGAAAAAACCCAGAUCGCUGAAGAUAGCCUUCCAAUUAUCACGUUUAGAUCCGUCUUGGUUGGAAUAAUCGUCAGCGCUUUUGGGGCCACUUGCGCUCAAAUAUUUAUUUUUAAACCGAUUGUCCUCCAUGUACACUCUUUAUUCAUUCAGGUACGCAGGUAUUACAGUUACGUUCCGUUAUACUUGGAAUUCAAACAAGGAUCCCUGAUGAAUUUUAAAACUUACUAUGAUCAAUCACAGAAAGAGACUACGUUCAGUUCGAUCAUGGCUUGUUCUGCGAGCGCCGGUGCAAUUACUUCUGUUGAGAUGAUCGGAGCUCGCUCGUUGUUGUUCAAUCAAAAUCCGGAAUUCUUUGUUUCUCUCCUGGUAAUGCUGAGCAGCCAGUUGAUCGGAUACGGCAUCUCGGGAUUGCUGCGACCAAUUUUGGUCUACCCAUCAAAGAUGGUGUUCCCUUCGGUCCUGCCAUCAGUGGUUCUUUUCAAAUCAAUGUACUCCAGAAGCCCUGAAAGCCGAGAUCAGAUUUCUUUUUUUAAGAAGGCUCUUCUUGGCAUUGGCCUGUAUGAAUUUUUUCCUAUCUAUAUGGCGCCAGCACUACAAGCAGUCAGUCCAUGGUGCUUGACUUUACCAAAAAAAGCGGAAAUCACACAGCUCUUUGGAGGAUCAAUGGUGGGGGAAGGCUUGGGUUUUCUUUCUUUGAGUUUGGAUUGGACGAUCAUAGGAGCACACGGACCUUUGUAUACUCCGCUUGAUGCACAGUGGAACCUACUCAUUGCGCAUAUAGGUGCCAUAUUCCUGUUUUCAGCUGCUUAUAAGUAUAACUGGUUAGGUGGAGGUUCUAUGCCGUUCAUAUCAUUUGAGCUAUUGGAUCACAACGGAAAUUCAUAUAACACCGCCGCAAUAAUUAACAUCGACGGAACGGAGAAUGCUGAAGCAGUGGAAAAGUUGGGGCUUCCAUUUUUCUCCUCCGCUUAUAUCAUCGGAAAGGCCUGCAUGUGUCUGGCCACUGCUGCCGCUUUUACGGCAGCGAUACUGCAAAAUUGGAGGACUAUCAAAGAUUUGAUCACAAGAAAGCAAAUCGAAACAGACCCUCACCGCUUGACUUGCAAAAAAUUCAAAGAUUUUCCUAUGUGGGCUUUUGUUGUCCUCUUGGUAUUCUCAAUCGCCUUGGCGUUCAUAGCUUCUUAUUUGAAUAAAUCUGGACUCUCCGCCUGGGGACUUACCUCGGCAAUUGUGAUAUCCGCUUUACUAAGUGGUUCAGAUGCUAGGAUUUGGAUCCUCAACAGCGUCACAAUCCACAUUGAUGCUAAAAGAGCUCAAACUUGGUCAAGUGAGUUACUUCACUAUCAAAUACUUUCUACUUCAAGCCUUAACAUCCCAAAAUUGAAAUAUUUACUUUGUGGAUAUACUUUUGACCAAAUGGAAAAAAGUACAUGCACCUCUCCUCGUUGGCCAGCUCAUUGGAACGGUAAUUGGAGUCCUUAUAAACUUUGCUGUAUUUUUAAGUAUUUUGAAAGAGAAGCCCUCCUCAAACCUGAAGGAAACUCAGCUUUUUCAGGCAUGCAUCUCACUUCAUUUGAGGCACAGUCAGUAACCUGGGGAAUAUUUGGAAAAAGACUAUAUGGAGCAGGAAAAAGAUAUUCAUUUGUCCCAUGGAGCCUGGUAGCAGGAUUUUUAUUACCCAUCCCCUUCCAUUUUUUACAGAAGUAUGCAUUCAAAUAUGUUUUUCAAUACCCUAUCCAAGCUGAUUCAAUUCAUCCAGGACUCACAAGUGGUGCAACUAUGAAGCUAAUCAUUGGAUUCAUGUCUCAAUUCUACAUGAAAAAGUACCAUAAAUCCUGGUAUGAUAAAUACAAUUACAUAUUGAGUGCAGCACUUGAUGGAGGAACCCAAAUGGCCAUUCUUAUCUGCACCUUCCUAUUUCAAGGAGGGGCAGGAUUGACAGUCCCAUUCCCAAAUUAUUUCCUCAACCCGGGACAAGGUCCACGUGACUACUGUUACAAUAAUGUUGGCAAGUGA